AUGCCAGUUUUAGAGGAAAUAGAAGAUUAUGAUGAUAUUGAUAAUCUAGAGAUGGAUUUAUCUCAAUUGACCACAACAAAAAAUAACAACAAUAAUAAUAAUGAUAUUAGCAAUAAUAAUACAGGUAUACGUCAGAGUCGUCCUGUAGAAUUGCCCGUGAGCUCUGAUCAAAUGGCCUUUGUUAAUCCUCAGACAGGACGUAUUGAUCACACUUCUCAACUUUCAAAAGAAGAAAUGGAUGAAAUAAAACAUUUUACCAUAUUUUACCCAUGCUAUUUCGAUAAGAAACGUUCACAUAAACAGGGUCGUCGAGUACCAAUUGAUUUAGCUGUUGAAAAUCCAUUAGCAAAAACCAUGGCAGAUGCUGUUCAAUUAUUACAGUUACCUUGUAUAUUUGAAGCUGAUAAGACGCAUCCUCAAGAUUUUGGUAAUCCUGGUAGAGUUCGCAUUCUUUUACAUCAAUCAAGGUUUACAAAAAACAAGGUAUUGUUAGAAAUUGCUAAAUAUAUGAAAUCACAUCCAACCACAUUAAAAUCACCAAAAGAUAUUCCAUAUGGACCUGAUUUCCAAGGUGUCGAACCUAAAUUAGUACCCAAAGUAAAAGGUUUUAUGAUGAACGAAAUUGUUCCAUUACAUUCUCCAUUAUUAAUGGGCCAUCCAAUGACUAAGAACCUGUAUGAUGCACCACCACCACCUGUCACUAAUGAAAAGCAAUUUAAAGCUCCAAAGAAUAAAUAUAAGGUUAUUAGAAGGUAG